ACAGCAGGGGGGGAACUCCAGGCCUGCAGGUCUUAGAUCUCACCCUGGGUCAGCACACAUGAAUCACAUGACUAGUUCAUUGCCAGGCCUCUGGAGAACUUGGAGACAUGUUGAGGACACGUGUAAAACCUGCAGGACACCGUCCCUCGGGCCCUGGCCUUCCCUUCCCCUGUUGUAAUGUUUUGAGCAGUGUGUGUGUAUAAAUUCACAAAGUAGUCACGACCUGCUUCCUUUAGGUGGCGCCACAGAGGAUCAUCCACAAACCUCCCCUGAGGUCUCUUCAUCCUUCACCCUCCCUCCUCUGCACACGCUCAGACUGUCCCAGCCUCCCUGACUGAGCUGUCCCUCUGAUGGACUCAUUUCUGGUCCUGUCCCUGCUGUCCAACCUCUUCAGCUCGGCCUCCUCCGUCUCUGAACCACCCCAGCAGGUCUUUAAACCCUCCCUUCCCUCCUGUCACAGAUCAGCUCUCACUCGUCUCCACCUCUCUGGUGGCCGGUAUUUAAACUCCUCCACCUUCCUCGCCUCCCUCUGAUUCACACUCAUUUAUUCUGACCUGCUUCUACUCACUUUCUCCUCCUUUCACCUGCUCACAUUAAUCAUUAAUAAUAUAAGAAUUCAUCUGUUGAAGCCACAGAAGUCUGGCAGUAAAAUAAAUCCCCUCUCGUUUCUAGUUUCAUGAACUUUACUCGGCGCCAGCUAUAAACUCCUUAAACGUGCUCGGCCUGUUGUGCCCCAGUUAUGGUUGAAUAACUGAGGCUCGUAUAUCCAUAAUCAUCACAAAUCGACUAAAAUAAGAAGCAAAAGUUAAACAUUGUCAGUCUCUUAUCUGCUCCUUCAGACAAAUAUGGGCUAACUCAGGGAAACAGACUUUGAACUUUAACCUUUAGGCCGAUACCACAGACCUGAAAGCUCCGCCCUCUGCUUUACAUCUACCUGCCCUGCACCGGUGUCUGAGUCAUUCAUGUAAAACUAAAGAGUUUGCAUCAGAGUGUUAAAAAUGACUAAAUGCUUCAUCAUUCAUUAAACGGUGAUGACAGGAACGUGUUUGUAUUUCCUGCUGGAGCUUCUACAGUCACAGCAGGCGGACGUCAGAUUUGGCUUCAGUUUGUGUGUCAGCAGUGUUUUAAUACUGCAGCACUGAUGGUUUUUAAUGAAGUCAGAUCAUAUGAAUACUCGUUCAGCUGCUGCUGUUUGAUCUGCAUCUGGUGUUUAAGAACUUCUCACAUGAACAUCACAAAAUGAAGACGUGCACACUUUCAUUUAUAAUAACUGACUUUAUCUCCCUGUGAGUACACAACAUGUAAUUCAAGUGUGAUUUCACUUUUUUCAGGCUAAUGUCACAUCGUUUUACUUCUAAUGAAUAGAAAACUGUAUUUCUUCAUUAUUAUCUAUAAAACAAAGUGAUGUCCAAGCUUGUAGUUCAGUUUUGAUUAAUGAUGAUGAAAGCAUCACAUUCAGAAAAUCUAACUUCUAUGGAGAACUCAAAGUCUCAAAAUAAGAGAAGCAAACAUUCAAAUCCAAAUUUAUUUUUACUACAAAAUGUGCAAAAUAACUUAGUAAUACUUUAAUUCUUUUACAUUUCCAUCCAGAGGCGGGGGUCCGGUCUCCAGCCAACAACCGUUCACAGGCACCAGUUAACCUGACCCCACUAACUGCAGGUGACUGUGGGAGGAACCCACACACCCACGGUGGUGGGGGCAAACUCAGCCUUGACUUUUAAUUUGAAAUGUAUUUUUAUGUCCCUUGGUGCUCCUAGUUACGCUGAGCAGAUUACGAGGACGUUCCUCGAGAUGAGGGCCCGCCUGUGAAUAAAGCGUUGCUCGUAUUUCACACUGAUUUGCAAAUAAUCAAAUGACAUGAAUAACCUGGAGGGAACCUGCUUUCUGCUGACCCGGCCUGCAGAUCCUCUCCCAUCACCACACCUCUGACAGGUGGCAGCACGAGGCUCCUCCCCCAAACCACUCCUACCAACCCGUGCUCUCCUAACCUCCCACAUCCACGGGAGCGGGAGAGUAAAGCCACACACACACGUGCACACUUCUGAGAAGUGUGUUGCCAUGUGGGGCCUCGUGGCUGCCGGGUCCGUCUUCUUCCCAGGACUCUUCCUCCUGUCCAAACAGGCUCUCAAACAGCUGAUGGGAUGGAGCGAGGGGGACGCCGCUGUCGUGUCAACACGCCUGGUGUCAUCCAUCCAGUCCAUCAUGGCCUCCUCAGCCGGAUGCAUCAUCAUCGCGUCCUGCAGGGACGUCAUCGAGGACCGACAUUGGCUGACUGAUGCCUACAUCUUAUUUGCCACACCUUACUUUGCCUACGACAUCUACGCCAUGUUUCUGUGUUACCGGCACAAGCUGCAGGUCAAAGGUCACGAGGAGGCGGGCCAAAGCGUUGGGUUGAUGGGAGCCACUGUGAUUGGUUACCUGCGCAGGGAGUUCCUCAUGGUGCUGCACCACAUCUUCAUGGUGACCUUCUGCUUCCCCGCCUCUCUGCUGUGGAGGCAGGGUAAAGGUGAUUACUUCCAGGGCGUCUUGUUUCUGGCUGAGCUCAGCACCCCGUCUGUCUCUCUGGGGAAAGUCCUGAUCCAGUAUAAGAAGCAGCACACGCUGCUGCACAAAGUGAACGGCGUCGUCAUGCUGCUCACCUUCUUCGGUUGUCGGGUCUUACUCUUUCCCUACCUGUACUACGCCUACGGCAGGUAUGCAUCGAUGCCGAUGUACCGGGUGCCCCUGGUGGCCCCAUGGCAGUGUAACCUGGGGACGGCCCUGCUCUGGCCUCUUCAGCUUUACUGGUUCACGCUGAUCUGCAGAGGAGCUCUGCGCCUGUUCACCGAACGCUCAAAUUCACCACCUGCGAUUCUUAAAGCCGACGGCAAUGUGGGCCCAGCUAACAGCUGCACAACCAAUCAGACAGCUGGUGGAGGAAGAGGAGAGUAAUGUAAUCCGAUCAGUGACGUCUGCCUUCAGAGCCAAUCAGAUUACCAGGGGGGCGGUGACUGUUACAAACAGAUGAGUGUUUCUUCUCGUUUAUGGUAAAAGUUCCAAGGAGUGAACGUAGUGACAGAAAAGCUUACAGACGCAGAUCCAUUAUUAAAUGGAAAAAGGAGGAAAUGAACAUUAGAAGUGUCAACAAGUUUAAUCAGAAGGGAGACGACGGCUGUUUGUAGUAAAACCACACAAGAAGAAUCAGGAUUUACCGAUCACACUGACGUUUACGAGAUCAUACGAGGAGCAAACCUGUACCCGACCUGUAAGGACAAAAGAUCAAACUAUAUAUAAAAAGGUAGAAAUGGUUUGUGUGAAGAUGAUGAUAAUCGGUUUAAAGGGAACAGAGAAAUCAUCCUCUAGGAUUAGCUUCAUUUUAAGGAGUCCCACAGGGAUCAGCAUCAGGCCCCCUGUUAUUCACUCUGCACAUGAACAUUGAUCAUGUCAGGAUCCAAUCUGCUUCACCAGAUUUUCUAACCACUGAUUAAGAAUAUAUUAAGGAAUCAAAGUAUUACAUAUUUAUCAAACAGGUUAUUGAUCAUUAUUUUGGGGGACUAUUAAAUAGCAUAUUUGUAGGUGCAGAGGAGUUAGACAUUCAGCCUGUGGUCACACUGUGAGCUACACUGGCCCUCCGUAUAUUCGUUAAGUCAAGUUCAUUGAAGUUUGUAGUGGUUCUAUAAUAGGUGCCUUAGUUUUUCCACUGUUUCCAACAGUAAAUAUUGUCCAGCUUCAUUCUGCAAAGUCAGUUUUGAAGCUGAUGAUAGCUCUUCCUUUCCCCCCACGAGCACCACAGAGCCUGCGUCGAUAUCCAACAUCAAAGCUAUUCAAGUGUUUACAGUCGCCCUCACCUCUGUGUCACUUUUAGCUGAAGAAAGGACUUCCUGCUCCUGCGUACAACAUCAUCUGCACUGUUUAUGCUGACAAUACCAUCUUGAGGAUUCACGACUUCAUUAGCAUUUUGACCAGUGUGUGUUUAACAGUGCCGAGGCCUUUUAAUAAACAACAACAACCACAGGCCUGCAUGUUUGUUUGUUUUCUGAUCCACUCACGUGACUCAGUUUCACGUCGGCUCGUUUGAAUCUUGUGUCUGAUUUUUUUGCAGCAUAUAGUUUGUUCUCAUGUCUUUCUACAAAAUACAUGUUGAUCAAAGAUCUUCCUGAAUUAAUAAAUUUGACUUAAAACUGAAUAUUUGACAUGAAUUUUCUGCACUGAUCAUCUCUUUAUGAAGCACCAAGAAUGAC